UAAGCCCAUCUGUUACAUGCAAUUGAAUCCGAUCAAAUAAAACUUAGAAUCAUGUUAUCCUCCAAAUCCAAUUCCAAUUCCAAUAAUCUAUUGUUUGUUAUAUGGUCUGUCUCACUCUUUUACUAUGCUACUAAUAUUAUUUUUACUAUCUCUAUACCUUAUGUGGUGGCAGGGUCCACAUCAUCGGCAUCGUCAAGAGAAUUGGAACUAGAAGCUCUGCAUAAUAGUGGGUGGUGGGAAAACACGUCAGAUGUUCAUUGUAAAUGGACUGGUAUAGUUUGCGAUGAGGCUGGAAGUGUCAUCCAGAUUAACCUACCUCACUGGAAUACAUUGGAAGAUAAAUUGGGGAAAUUUAACUUCUCUUCCUUCCCAAACCUGGUCCGACUUGACCUCAGCUGCAAUAUGUUGUAUAAUGAUUAUACACUCUCUGAGUCGAGUGUGCCAGAUCAAAUAGGUACACUUUUAAAACUCAAGUACCUCAAUUUGUCCUCUAAUCGUCUUUAUGACAAGCUACCUCUUUGGCUGACUAAUCUGACUGAAUUAGUAGAGCUUGAUAUUUCUCGGAACCAUAUUAUAUAUGGUUCCAUCCCUCCAGAAAUAGGGAAUCUAAAGAAUUUGAUUUAUCUUGACCUCAGUCACAACCGUCUCCAAGGAACAAUCCCAACGGCUGUUGCCCACUUACCCAAUCUGACCUCAUUGGACCUAAGUGACAACCAACUCAGUGGAUCAAUUCUUUCCGGCUUAGGGUCUUUGACAAAUCUGAUUGAGAUAAACCUUGGUUACAACCAACUCGAAGGAUCAAUUCCAUCCGGCUUAGGGUCUUUGACAAAUCUGAUUGAGAUAAACCUUGGUUACAACCAACUCACUGGCUCCAUACCUUCAAGUCUCUGUGAAUUGUCCAAAUUGACGUUCUUGUCCCUUGCUUCAAAUCAAAUCAAUGGUUCCAUCCCUGCAGAAAUAGGGAAUUUGAGUAAUUUGGUAGAUUUAAGACUCAAUGAUAACAAAAUCAGAGGCCCAAUCCCUUCAAGUCUCUGUGAAUUGUCCAAAUUGACAUACUUGUCCCUUGCUUCAAAUCAAAUCAGUGGUUCCCUACCUCAAAACCUUACCAAAUUAUCUGAACUCACAUAUCUUGACAUUUCCUCCAACCAACUCACUGGCUCCAUACCAAUCCCAACUGCUAUUAAGAAUUGGGCUAAUUUGAAACACAUGAAAUUGUUGGGCAACAGCUUGAAUGGCAGCAUUCCGCCUCAGAUAGCUAAGCUUCCUUCGCUAUCAUACCUAGAUCUCUCAUACAAUACCCUCUCUGGCAGCAUUCCGCCUCAGAUAGCUAAGCUUCCUUCGCUAUCAUACCUAGAUCUCUCAGACAAUAGCCUCUCUGGCAGCAUUCCGCCUCAGAUAGCUAAGCUUCCUUCGCUAUCAUACCUAGAUCUCUCAUACAAUAGCCUCUCUGGCAGCAUUCCGCCUCAGAUAGCUAAGCUUCCUUCGCUAUCAAACCUAGAUCUCUCAUACAAUAACCUCUCUGGCAUCAUUCCAUUUCCCCCAUCUCUUAUAUGCAAAACAUCCAUCAUUUACUUGGAUGGCAAUCCUUUUCUUGAGAAUAAAUAUUCAUGGUAUGAAAAAUCUUAUUCUGUUUCUUGCCAUCCAUCAUCUUCCAAGAAAAGAAUUGCAAAUUUUCUUCCAAUUGCAAUUUUUCUUCCAAUUGCAAUUUUCAUUGUCUCCAUAAUUCUAGGAUAUUUUUACUACUCAAAACGCAAGGUUAAGAAAACCCAGUCUCAGUCCAGAGUGACAAAGCAUGGAGAUUUGUUCUCAAUAUGCAAUUAUGACGGGACAAUUGCAUUCGAAGAUAUAAUCGAAGCAACGGAGGACUUUGACAUCAGAUACUGCAUUGGGACCGGAGGAUAUGGGAGUGUUUACAGAGCACAACUGCCCAGUGGGAAAGUAGUUGCCUUGAAGAAACUCCAUCGCCUGGAAGGCGAAGUGCCAGCUUACGAUAAAAGUUUCAGGAACGAAGCACACUUUCUAUCACAAAUACGACAUCGGAACAUUGUGAAACUCUAUGGGUUUUGUCUACACAAGCAAUGCAUGUUCCUGGUGUAUGAGUACAUGGAGAGGGGAAGCCUUUUUUUGGUCUUGACAAGUGAAGUGGAAGCUAUGGAGUUGGAAUGGACUCAAAGGGUGAAUGUAGUGAAAGGCAUUGCCCAUGCUUUGUCUUACAUGCACCAUGAUUGCACUCCACCCAUUCUUCACCGUGACAUUUCGAGCAACAACAUUCUAUUAGAUUCAGAAUCCAAAGCUUGUGUGGCUGACUUUGGCACUGCUAGAUUGCUGGAUCCUGAUUCGUCUAAUCAUACCGUGAUAGUAGGCACUUAUGGAUAUGUUGCUCCAGAACUUGCCUUCACCAUGGUUGUGACUGAAAAAUGUGAUGUUUAUAGCUUCGGAGUUGUGGCACUAGAAACACUCAUGGGAAGGCAUCCAGGAGAACUUCUCCAAUCAUUAGCAUCAACAUCAACUCAAAAUAUAAUGUUAAAUGAUGUGUUAGACGCACGCCUCCAAGCUCCAGCAAGCGGAGUGGUUGCACGGGAUGUUGUUCUGGUUGCUACAUUGGCAUUUGCUUGCUUACAUCCUGAACCAAAGUCUCGGCCGACAAUGCUACGCAUCUCUCAGGAGUUUCUCGCUAGCAGGUACUCACUUGCUAAACCACUGCAAAAAAUCUCACUGUCAGAGCUAAUGAAUCCAGAUACAUAUUUGAUCAAUUAAUCCUGUAAUCUUUGUAUUAGUCACUGCAAAAUACAAAGUGAUAGGGUUAAUUUCUUGCUUGCUGGAUUUCCGCUAGUUAUUUGACUUUAUGCAUUCCUAUUAUGGCGUCUAAUAAAUCAAGAUGUUCAUCCGUUCAAUUGAUACAUUAAAUUUGUGAGUGUCUCAAGAUGUUUUAAGAAGAAAUGUCAUGAAGCUUAACGAGGACAUAUUUUAAGAAGUUGUAGGCGUAUUCACAUCAGUUAUUAUAUUUGAUAAAAAAAAAUAAAAAAAAAAACCUACCAUAAUUCUAAGAGGAUUAAACCCCCCCAAAAAAAAAAAGAAAAAGGCAGACACUAUCAAGAAAACACUAAUUAUCCAACAAAGAAUAUUCAAGAGAUUGAGAAUAAGAAGAAGAAGUCGGGUACAGAG